CUUAUUAACUCCCUCAGCAUCACCUGUUUCAAAUCGACUACAUUCCAUUACCCUUAUGUUACUUUCGUUGAUGGUCAUUUUAUAAAAUCCUUUUUGAUAACACUAAUAAUUCCGUUCAAUUGCUCUUGCAAGUCCUCUGUUGUCUCCGACGGAAUCACAAUAUCAUCGGCAAACCUCCAAGAUUUUUAUUUCUUCUUCCUGGAUUUUAAUUCCUUAUCCAAAUUUCUCUUUCGUUUCAUUUACUACUGCUACAUGUACAAAUUGAGUAAGAUAGGGAUCGAGCGAUGUGGCGCAGUUGUUAAGCACACUGGACUCGCAAUCGGGAGGACGAUGGUUCAAUCCCGCGUCCGGCCAUCCUGAUUUAGGUUUUCCGUGAUUUCCCUAAAUGGCUCCAGGCAAAUGCCGGGAUGGUUCCUUUGAAAGGGCACGGCCGACUUCUUUCUCCGUCCUUCCCUGAUCCGAUGAGACCGAUGACCUCGCUCUCUGGCCUCCUCCCUCAAAACAAUCCAGUAAGAUAGGGGAGAUGUUACAACCGUAUCUCACUCUUUCUCAACUACCGCUUCACUUUCUCGUCCCAUUCGACUCUCUAUGCCAUAACGUCACAAAAUUCUCUGACCAAUACUUCGUCGUUAAUUGACGGUUUGUUAAGGACUGCGACUGAUUAGAUAAUACACAAAACGAUCGUCGAUUUACUGCUUUUGUUAUUUUCAUUUCCAAAGCGACACUGAGGUGACAAAAGCCGCGGGAUACCUCCUAACCUCGUGUCGGAGCUCCUUUUGCCCGGCGUAGUGUAGUGCAGCAACUCCACGUGGCGUGGACUCGAGUAGUUGGAACUACUAUUGAGUCACGCUGCCUCUACAGCUGCCCAUAACUGCGGAAGCGUUGCCGGUGCAGGAAUUUUUUGCACGAACUGACUUCUAGAUUAUGUUCCAUAAAUGUUGGAUGGUGGCCAAAUCAUUCGCUGGAACUGUCCAUAAUGCUCUUUAAACUAAUUGCGAACAACUGUGGCCUGAUGACAAAGCGCACUGUCAUCCAUAAAAAUUCCCUCGCUGUUUGGCAACAUGACUGCAAAUGGUAUCCAAGUAGCCGAAAUAAUCAUUUCCAGUCAAUGAUCGGUUCGGCUGGAACGUGAAAACACAGCCCACAGCAUUAUGGAGCGACCAUCAGUUUUCACAGUGCCUUGAUGACAACUCGGGUACAUCGUGCGGUAUGCGUCACACUCGAACGCUACCGUCAGUUCUUACCAAACGAAACCGGGACUAAUCUGACCAGCCCACGGUUUUCAUCGAGUCGUCUACGGCCCAGCCGAUACGGUCACGAGCCCCACGACACACAGCAGGCGGUGUCGUGUUGUUAGCAAAGGCACUCGCGUCGGUCGUCCGGUUCCACAGCCCAUAAACGCCAACGGAUACGUUCGCCGCUCGUCCCAUACUGAUUUCUGCUUCUCCUAGCACUCUCGACAUUGUGGAUCUCGGAAUAUCGAAUUCCCUAACGAUUUCAGAAAUGGAAUGUCCCGUGUGUGUAGUUCCAACUACCAUUCUGUGUUAAAAGUCCGCCGUGCGGCCAUAAUCGCGCCGGAAACCUUUUCACACGAAUCACCUGAGUAGAAAUGAUAGCUCCGCCUAUGCACUGCCCUUUUACGGCGAUGCUACCGCCGUCUGUAUGCGUGCACGUAGCUACCCUACGAAUUUUUUUGUCACCUCAGUGUACUAUCUCCUUUACUGCUCGACCUCGCCGGCAGAUGACGCUGUGGCUGCUCGUGGCCGUGGCGCUGCUGGCGGCGGGCGCGGCGCCGCGACGCCUGGGCACGGCCGCGCCGCAGGCCGACACCAACAGCCUGGAGGCGGCGCCGCCCACCGCCGCGGCGCGACCGCCGCCGCCCACGCCGCCGCCCGCGGAGGACGACGACGACGCGGACGACGAGGACAGCAAGACGCUGUCGCAGCAGAUCGCCGACGGCAAGUACGGCCUGAUCCAGAAGGAGCUGUACCGCGAGCCGCCGGCGCGCCCCGGCAUCGUGAGCUACGCGGCCAACCCGGAGGUGCCGCGCGACACGGCGCGCACGCUGGGCGGCCUCCGGCCGUCCGAGGUGUGGCUGGCCGAGGACCACGUGCUCGUGCUGAGGGGCGGCGCCUUCGCAGCCCCCGAGCGCACGGAGAAGCCGCCCUGGCCGCCCAUCGACGACUACCACGCGCCGCCCAGACAGGUGCGGCUGCCGGCGCGGCCGCGCGUGCCGCCGCCCUUCCCAGUGCAGCUGGCCGACGGCGAGCCGCCGCGGCUGCUAGGCAACCAGUCGCGGCCGCGGCCGCCCUUCUUCGCGCCGCCCUUUCCGUUUCCCGGGCCCGGCGCGGCCAACGCGACGCGGGACGGCGCCGCGCCUCCGUAUCUCUACCCGCCGCCGGGAAACUUCCCCCCCGGAGGGGCCGUCCCUACGCCAACGGGCAACGGAUCGUUGUCGCCACCUCCGUAUCCGUUUCCACCUCCGAGAAACGGGUCGCUGUACGGGCCUCCCGCCGGCCCCUUCCCGCCCCCGCCCUUCUUCUUCCCCGGCCCGUACGGGCCGCCACCGACGGGCAACGCCACCUUCCCGCCUCCCGGCAACGGCUCCUUCCCCUUCCCGUUCCCGUUCCCUCCUCCGGGUAACGGCACCUUACCCUUCCCGUUCCCGUUUCCAGUAAACGGGUCGCUGCCGCCCGGCUUCCCCGUGCUGCCACCGGGGGCGGCGCUGCUGCCGCCGCCGGGACUCUUCAAUGACACCUUCGACGAGGACGACAUGUCCAUUUAUUACCCGCCGCCGUACGACUUCUACUAUCCGACCGACAAUACGACACAGGUGCCACCGGGUCCACUAGUGCCCGGAAUAGUGCUGCCACCUCCGCCGAACUUCUUCGGACCACUCGACAACGGAACGGAGACUGCGGGCUCCGGCGGGACGACGGUCGCACCGCCGCCCUCCGAGACGACCGCGGGCGAGGGGUACACCGCCAAAUACGUGCCGGUGACGACUCAGAAUCGGCGUAAGAAACCUACACCCGCGACCACCGCGAAGACUGUCACCGACGUGCCGGUCUCGACGCCGCCGCCGCCACAGCCGAUGCCAGCUACUCCGGUACCGCCCGGUCGGAGCCCUUCGGUGCAGGUGAUCCACGACGGAGCGUCACCUCUCCGGCCUCCGGGUUACUACUAUUACCAAGUCCCCGCCGCCGUCCCGGUUACCUCGACGGUAGCUCCGCCGACGGUCGUCCUGUCCUCCACUACGGCUGCCCCUCCACCUGCGAGUGUUUCCUACGUCGUCGUGCCCGUCACAGAUAUAGUGGUGCGACAGCCGUUCCAGAGUCGACAGCAGCAGCAGCAGCAGCAGCAGCAGCAGCAACAACAACAACAACAUCGACAGAGGCCCAAGGCACCGGAUCCGACACCACCCACCUACUUCUAUGACCCCGUCUCUGACCGUACGCCAAAAAAAUCUUACUAUUUCUUUGAAGAACCUUGGCGCGGCAUUUCCUUCCAGUUCCCAUUACCGAGCCCGACACUGCAAACACUGCUGGGACAGUCGUACCGUCAGCCGACGCAGCUCUACUACUAUUCGGACGCCACAAAACGACAGAGGCCGUCGCAAUCUGUCGGCACUUCACGUCCCCCGUACUACAGUCUUCCACAACAGGUAUCGACAGUGCCGCCGCCGUCACCACACUAUCUGCAGUCGACACCUGGCCGGGCACCGUACUACGGCCCCACGACACCGACACCUUAUUACUUGCAGGUGUCCACACAUUCUUAUUACGAUAUCGGACACUCUACUGUUAGACCUGCGUACCGGUACAAUUUUGAGCAGCACCCAGUACCGAAUACGACACCCGGACCGCGUACGAGUCCACCAGUUUACCGGACGACGACACCGCGUACUGUCUUCGAGUUCGACUACAGACAGCAGCAGAAGUUUCGGCAAGCCCCGUCCUAUUUCACUCCCGGACACACUUCCGGUGACUUCUCUCAGGUUCACGUAACUACACCAGCUCCCUCACGAUCACAGCAAUACGGAGGUGAAAAAAUAUCUAGCAGUGGCUACUCAACGGAGAAUCCGUUGUCGGCACUGUUCACACGACAGGAUGAAAGUCUCAUCGAUGAAAAUACGAAAAGGUACUUCACAAUAUUUGGACAGAAGUUGCCACAACAGGAAUCUGAAAUACCGUCCACAACACCGAUGCCUAUUACUGAGGAACAGCAGAAUUUAAAAGAAGCUCUUCCACUGUCUCUAGAAGGUGAUACCUUGGUCAACUACAGACCACCACUUCCUGCUGCCAAUCCAGAAAGUGAGUUUAUUGCGUACCCAUUGCCAGGAGACGGUGCCCACGCAUACUUCCUCCCACCCGGUGGUGGAUACUCGUAUCCAGCUCCAGCACCAAACCAGCGACUACGGUAUCGUAGAAAGGAUACGGGCAGUGAAGUGACGUGACCUUUUAUGAUGGAAGUGUCCCAGUGUGGAAAACUCUUCUGAUUCAAACAGUGCUUCCAAAGCAAAAUCACAAACUAGAAAAAUUGAAUUAAGCUUCGUAUACUUUAGAAAAAUGUGUGAAUUGUUCCACAAGUGAGUGUUCGACAAACUGAUGCAGUUGCCUCAUUUCUGUUUACAAAGUGUGAUGAGAGUGUAUAUUUAUGUGUUGUUACAAACUACUACAGACUUAUUUUAACUGUUGUGAAAGCCACUAUUGCCUUUUUUAUGGAAAUGUGUUGUCAGAGUAGUCUGUGUUGUAAAUAAACAUCCUCCCAUUCGCAUAUA